AUGGUUCAGCCAAACCCCCCUUAUGUCGCGACUGGGGCUUUAGCAGUGGACAACCACCGAGUUGAGCUUUACAGUGGCUUCGACUCGAGUCUCCCGAUUGACGAGAUAGUCACAAAGCUAAAAGCCAUCGACAACGUUGGCGAUGUUGGACCCGUCUAUUCCACGGCCUACACUGCACAUGGAAAGAGCCAGGAGGAGGUGAUCAAGGCAAACGCGGCCCUCGUCCCCAACUAUAGCUAUCCAGUCAUUGGAGAAAGUGUGUCCCAAAUUUUUCUUCUUCCCUACAGACGGGCGGAAAGGAAUCUGCUCCGCCCGUCGCCUUGGGGAGACAAGAUCUUCUACUACACUCAGGUCGACGAGAACAAGAGGCUGGCAAGGGACAAGAAAUGGGGAUGGUGUGAACUCCGCCCCGAUGCGGUUAUAUGUAUCGGAUUCAUGCCACAGAACAACGCCGUGAGCAUCGUCCAGGGUCUCGGCCUGUAUACAUUUCAGCUUUUACAAGUGGCUGCACGGUUUCCCGGCAAUGAAGGCGCCUGGAACUCCAAGCGGACCGACACUUCAUCCACGGUGCUCGCGCGCUUCCACAUCUACGCCGCGAUGCACCCGGAAAAGCCCAUCAUCUGCGAAUACUUCGGCGUCGAGACAUUGGACGGGCCCCAUCCCGCGGGCAAAGCGCAGUCGAUCGGAGCGUUCAUGGAGGGCAACACGGACAAGUGGGCGCAGUGGGUUAGGGAGACCAGAGUCAGGCCCGGGACGCUGGAGGGCACCAGCUGGCUGUUUGUCAACUAUCUGACGCAGGAGUGGACGUUUGAUCACCCCUUCGACCUCUCCGAGACGUACGCGACCGGGUUUGCUGACGUCCUCGACACGCCGACGCAGUGGCUGCUUGGGUUCGACAGGAUGAAGGCGGCGAAUCUCAUUCCAAAGUAG